AUGGAUCCGAAAACAGACAAAUUUUGGCAGACAGCGAAACCAAGAAUUAAACCGCGGAAAACCGUCUUAAAAAAAUUAAGGUAUACUGACGCCGGGUUUUAUGAACAAAGCAAGGCUUCGAAAGAGGAUACCAGCGAUACAGGUUAUUCUGGCUACUGUUUUAAUUGUUGGUUAUAUGGACACCGAGCUGUGGAUUGCCGUCAAAAGAAUGUGAGUUCCCCAAGCCCUAACUACGAUCAUCUUAAAGCUUUUAUUGCCAAGCAAAAACAGAAAAGCUUGGAAGAAAGCAGAGAUUCAAAAGGGAUUUUUCCCUUGGUAAAUAAGCCUACCCUGGGAUCUAGGGUUUGCACGGACAAGAAAUCUGAAAAACGCACUACUACUCGGCUUCCAAAAGUCUUCACUGUAAAGGAUUUAGAUAGACAGUUGAUUCAUUUUGCCAAAACAAAGUAUGCACUGCAGAAUACAAGCAACCUCAGGAUUGUGGGGGCCCUAAAACCCAGAGCUAAACCGGCUAAGCAAUCCAAUGAUCCCCAUUCUGCCUUGGGGAGAGGGGGUUUUUCAGUGGCCCAGGCGGAUCCCGGGGUUGCUAGGUUGAGAGAAUAUGAGUGGCAAGAGGUAAAAAGCAAGAAGAAGGUAAGAUCACAUUUUGUGGAGAGAGUGGAGAUUCCUCUAAGUAAUCCUUUUGAUACACUGAGAUUAGAGAAGAUCUCUCCAAACAUCAGCUCUUAUUCUCCCCCCCACAUUCGCAAUGGGGUUUUGGGAAGGAAGGGAAACUUCAGGGAUGAGAAUCACAAACGCACUAAGCUAACUGGAUCAAAUCCAGUUCACACCCCCCCUUCCUUUUCGAAAACCCUAAGUAUCGGAUCAGGGUAUGCUGUGGCUGGGGAGAUUAUUGAGGAUCAUUCUUCAGAGCCUCAUACACAUAAAGACAGGUAUUACUCUCCCCCUCACCGUCGAUUGGCUGGUAAGCAUCCAGUCCAUAAACCCAAUCUCACGAAAGGUGAACAAUUAAAGGUAUCUAACUCUGUUUAUACAUCGCCACAUAGGCGAAAUAGUAAGCAUUUAUUUGAUCAUAAUAGAGAUAGGACAAUUUCUAAUUAUGAAUCUAACAAAGUAAUCCUAGAAAUCAAAUCUAUAGCACAGAAUCAGAACUAUUUUGCAGAAGCAGGUCUUAUUGUGCGCUGGAAAGGAGUUGGAGCGAGUUUACUGGACAUCACAGAAGCCCUAGAAGCAAUGCUCCCAUGUGAGGAGGAAGGACUCAACUCGGCACCAAGUAUAAGCUCCCUUUGAAGUUAUAGGACCGCAGAAUGAUAUCUCAAAAUGUGAUCAAAAUUGUAACUAUCAUGGUCAUUAUAAUUUGUAAAUUGUUAAUUGUUAAUUUUUUCGGUAGUGGGUAUGCCCACGGACCUAUGUAUUUAUGAAAUCUCGACAAAGCUCGAGUCGUGGGAAUGCCCACGUAUAUUUCUAUAUCAGGUAUAGGACUUUUGUCCCGGGCAAGGCUGGAGGUUUUCUCGACCACACUCUUUCCUACCAGCGCCCGCAGUGAGUGGGGUUAUACUGUAAAAAUUAUUU